GAGAAAGGUACCCGGGCCGCUCACCCUGGUCUCCGGGCUCCUGCGGCGGCUGCAGGACGCGCUCCAGCUCCGGGAAGGGCAGCUCGGACCUUGAUUCAACUUUAUGAUGUCUUCCCCUGAAAUUGCUUCCCUUUCAUGGGGUCAGAUGAAGGUGAAAGGCUGUCCUACAAUUUACAAGGACUGCAAAGUAUGGCCAGGAGGAAGCCGAACCUGGGAUUGGCGAGAAACCGGGACUAAUCAUUCUCCAGGAGUGCAACCAGCUGACCUUGAAGAAGUUGUCAAGAAGGGCGUUAAAACUGUAGUGAUUGGUCGUGGCAUGAGUGAGGCUUUGCAGGUACCACCGUCUACUGUGGACUAUCUUAAGAAAAAUGGGAUUGAUGUGUUGGUCUUACAGACAGAGAAGGCUGUAGAAGAGUACAAUGCACUGGCUGCUCGAGGUGUCAAAGUGGGAGGAGUCUUCCAUUCAACAUGUUGAAACAUCAGUUAUACAGCGUCCCUGACCUCAGCCAAAACAUGGAUAUACUUUCUGACUGAAUCAAAUUACAGUCAACGGAGUGGACUUACGUGCAAAGUGCUAAGGCGUUAAUGUAGGCUGAAAAUCUAAAAUGCAAGGAUAAUUUAGCAGUUCAGGAUUUAAACAAAUUGAGUGCUUGAAAAUGGAGUUUAUUAGUGACAGAAAAUUGUUGAGUUGCAGAAUGUAUCCAUACACGCUUGAAUUUGACCUAAUCUUCUUCUGAAGAUUGUUCAUAUUCUGGUUAUUUUAAUUUAGGAAACAGGUGAAAAAUUAAGUUUAGGUUGUGAAUAUUUCUAUCAGGAAAUAGAUCACAACUGCAUUAAAUAUUGCAAUAUAGCUAUUAGAUAUUUGGUAAAUAGGAUAAAAUAGUACACAAGAAGUGGUGAUAAGCAUUAUUAAAUAAAAUAAAGCAUUUUAAAGGGCUUUAAAAAGCGCUAGCUCUGCUUCCUAUUGGCAGUUUUGUUCAGGAUAUUAACUAUUUCUUUUUGUGAUAAAUCAAGAAUCUCACAUAACUUGGCACUUUUAAAUUUUAUGUUGAACCAGAAAAGGAAAAAGGUUUACAAGGUAUGAACAUAAAAUUUGGGCUGUAAGGAAUUUUCCCAUUAAUCAUGAAUAUGAAAGUGUAGAAUGCCUUUCAAUUUAAAAGUCUCUAGCUUUUUAAAAUGAAUAGACUGAUCAAUUAGUUUGCAAUAUAAAAAUGUCAGCCUGUAGGAAAUUAGUCUGAACUAAAUUGCUGCUAUUACGAUGCUGCUAGCAAGCUGGGAAUGGCUGUUGGAAUUCUUAAUCAUCAGGUAAUGAUGAUCAGUUAAACAUUGUGCCAGCAAGUACAUUACUACAGUGAAGAUUUUAGAACUUUCUCACAUUCUUACUGUUGUUCCUGUUCUUACCGUUUCUCCUGCUUGGUGGGCUUCUAUUAAUAUGAUCAGUUAUAAGUGACUUAUCGUAGAUUUCUUUUCACCAGGCUCACUAGUUUUUGAUCAAAUCCGUGCGUAUUAGCAGAAGUGCAGAGAUAACACUGCUAAAAGCCCUGAGGCUCUUAGAGCUAUCCAAAGUCGUGGUGGAGAGGCUUGCAUUUGUAUGAGAACUGAAUGACUUUCCCAAGAGUCAAGAAUAACCUUUUAUAAAAUGAUGUAUUCUUUUUUUCAGUUUGUUCUAUUAAGCUUUAAAAACCUUUUAUUUCACAAAAUACAACGUGGUGUAAAAGCAAAGGGAAAGUGAGUACUUAGCAAUAUGGAGUUUUUAUCUUACCAUCUCUUAGUAACGUUUUUAAUGGUGUGGCUACAUUUAAGGCAAAAUUGUAGCUAAAACAGCAAGAACUGCCUCUUCAGCUGUGUUUGUGUUCACUGACACAGCCGUCAAUGCUAUGACAUUUUUUCUGAGUAGUUUACCUUGUAUAAGAUAGAAGAUGAACCACCAAAAGACUCUGGUUUUUUUUCAAGAGAAUGUCAGUAGAACAAGUCCUUACCAAUCUGCACAGACUUUCAAAACUUUAUUUUGCGUUAAGGCAUUACCUUACAGUGGAGUGGGGUCUGACUCUUUCAGUCACCAUCAUACAGUUGCACUAUUUCUUAAGCUUUAAGAGUUCAAGAAAGCCUUAAGUAGGAAGAUGCUUGGUAAGGCCUCUGCUAAGAGAACAAUUCCAGCUGCUACAUACCACACCAUUAUUUUUUUCCUCUCCUUGCCAUAUUAACAUGGCACUGAAAUCACUUUCUGGAGGAAGCCACAUUCAACAAAACGGAUAGGCAUGCAUCUUUCAUUUGAGAAAAAUAUCAAAGGCUGUAUUUGUAUUUCAGAGAAAUAUUAUAUAGCUGGUUGCAAAAACCAUGGAAGGAGCUGAGCCUUCUUAGCUCUGCCAGGUGACUUUUAGAGGUGCACCUCACACUGUCUUAUGCUGCAGCUUUUUAAUUGUUCCUUUUGUUUGGCAACUAGUGGGAUAUGGAAGACUCCACUCCGAAAAUGGGGAGGUGCAGAGAAAUGGAUUUUUCUCUUUAAGGGUAAACGGCAUCCUGCAGCCAUCAGCACAGAAGUUCAGUGUCAACAAGGAGAUGAUGUGCUGUAAGUCCUUUGCAUCCUUAUUUUCUGUUACUGUGCUUGUCACAGUUUCCUGAGUCAGCUUUUGUCAGUUCCCACAAAAGAGCCUGCUCCAGUCAGCGAAAGCCAGAUUUUCUUCUGUGUCUGAAGCUGCCUUGCUACAUGGGGAAACAGCUGAGCCUGAUUCACCAAAAUUGGUAUCUUUAAUAAACUGCUGUUUUAAGCUCAAGCAAUAAAUAAUUUUUAAAAUAAAGGUAUCUUAGCCUAAAUCAUGGGAAUGCACUUUAUAGGGUAGGCUUUUUCACAUACACCACUUGUGCCUCCCACCAUGAAAACCAUCUCCCAGUAGGCUGUGAACUCCCACCCUGACAAACUCAUUAAAAUAAAGCCACUUCUGGGCUCGGUGCCAAGAAGAUUCCAGCCCAGCUGUUCCUGCCACUGAGCGGUUCAGUCCCCAGCGCUUAUCUUUGUGAGGCAGCAUGCAUGAUCUGGCAGCAAGGAGAGGCAGGCCGUAAAAGCCUCAACUGAAUGCAACAUGAGCAGCAUUUUUAAGGGACAUCAGACAUCACCUAUGCAAAGCCUAGCAGCUGCCUGCCUUCAAACUUUAAAAUAAAGUCUCAUCAAUAGAGCUGAACCAAACUGGAAAACGCAGCCAGCGCAGCCCCCAAAAAACAGACUGGAACAUGCGAGUGAAAUAAGAUGAAAAUACUGAUUCUAUCUAUGGCUGUGCAUGCAAUUGAGGAACUUGGACCAGCAUAAGACAAGAUGCAAAGGAAACCCACGUGUGUGAUAUCUCAGGAUGACGGUUUAUGGUCCUCAUUAAAAUGCACACAUUGUUAAUUUUCCUUCUAAAUAACUUCGGUUUUAUUUCUAUUUAUUUUAGAUUCUGUAUACCUUUUUAAUGUUGAAGCCAUGCCACACUUGAGUUAAUGGCUCACAGUCUUCAAGUGUGUUCCAAAUAAAUUCAUUCACAGCUUUAAUAA